AUGCCCAAACGAAAGCGCUCCCCAUCCUCUGCUGCCAGCGAGCCUGCGCCCAAAGCACCGCCUGCAAAGCGCGCCAAACAAUGCGAAAAGCGCAUCGCCGAAGCGCAAAAGCCGCUUCUCCAAGCCCUGCGCUAUGGCUCCAUGCUCGAGCGCCAGAAGCACAGCCGCAGAAAAAAGUACGCGACCAAGAAGAACGACACAAAGGGCAUUCAUCGCCUCAACGCCGAGUACCAGACGCUAAAGGCACUCAAUCUGGAGCAGCUGGGCGACCAGCAUUUGCGUAAAACUCUGGCGAGGGUCAAGAGCUUGAAGGAGGCAGAGCCGCUGCAGGAAUACAUUGCGGGAAUACGCGAGGGAAGCAAGGAUACAAAUACGCUCAAUGUCACGGCGCGGCUGUUCAAGGUCACGCAGGUGAAGAAGGUGGUGGAUGGCGUGGUUGAGGAUUUGAAGAAGAUACUUGGAGCCGCCAAGGGCAAGGACGACGGCAAGGACGAAGGCAAGGAAAUAAAGGCGCACAAUGGGGAGGGCCAAAGGGCCAAGAAACCUGCAGAGAAGGAUUCGGCAACAAAGGAUGAGAGCGACGGGGACGAUCCAUACAUGGCCUUUAGCGCGCGGAUAGCAGCGCCUUCAUCCGGUGAGGAUGAUAGCGAAGCCUCCGUGACGGACAACGAGCGACCGCCAAGUAUCGUGGACAGCGAGAGCGAACACGACCCCGACGACGAUCUUGACGCUGAGAGUGAGAGCGAGAGCGAGAGCGAAAGUGAGCUGGCGGACAAUGCCGCUGACAAGCUUUCUCGAUCAGUGGCACCACCAUCAGACGAGGACUCUGAGAACUCUGAGAACUCAGAAGCCGAGUCUGAAUCCGACUCAGACUCAGCCGCUAUACCUAUCAAAAAGGCCAAGCUCAAAGCUACCGAAGAAAAGCCCACAACUUCCGCUUUCAUUCCCGCUCUCAGUCACGCGGCCUACUUUUCCGGGUCUGAAUCAGAAGCAUCAGACCUCGACGUCGACGCCGCUCCACGGAAGAACCGCCGAGGCCAACGCGCCCGUCAAAAGCUCGCAGAACUCAAAUACGGCCAGAAAGCCAAGCAUCUCGAAAAGGCACAACGCAGUGCUACGUUCGACCCCAAGCGUGGUGCAGUCAGCGGAACUGACAAGCGCCAGAGACGAGGCAAGCCUCUAGGUCGUGGACCCCAACAGAGCGGAGGAAACGCAGAGCCAUUGGGCGAGAGAAGCGACAAGAAAGACAGAAAGAUGGGCGUUGGAGCCAAGAGAGACGACAAGGGCGAAUUGCAUCCAUCAUGGCAGGCAGCCAAGAAAGCCAAGGAGAGCAAGAAGCUCAAGAUCGAUCUCAGUGGUAGCAAGCCAGCGGGAAAGAAGGUUGUUUUUGAUUGAGAUACCCAAAGAGCAAGAGCAUGCGCGAGCUGGCAAUGCAACGAUCGCUGUACUGCGAUCUGCGACUCUAGUUCAUUCUCGCGAUCCAUAC